AUGGGCUUCAUAUGGACUACGGUUUUGCUAUCUUUUCUUACUCUCCUACUAUGGCUUUCACCUAAGCUAUAUACCGCGCGGAAUUUUUUCACAAAAUUAUCAGCUCGUGGCUUGCCAAUGCCACCUCAUAAUUUCCUAGCUGGCCAUCUUAUCGAGCUAGGCAAUGUCAUUAAAAGUUUCCCAGCAGAUGCACUAAAAGUAUACCUUUUUGCUGCUCUCGCCCGCAAAUACUCCCGCAAUGGCAUUUUCUACCUUGAUCUAUAUCCCUUUGCUGCCCCAUUCCUGAUUAUCACUUCUCCGUUUCUCGCAAAUCAAGCUGUACAAUCUACUCCGAUAGCAUAUCGCAAGCCUGAUGCUCUGAGAACUUGGGUUUGGAGCAUCGCAGGUGGUAUCAGUAUGUUUGAUGCGGAAUAUGACGAGUGGAAGAAUCUACGAGGUCUUUUCGCCAGGGGGUUCAGCAACAAGUAUCUAAUGAAUUUGGUUCCCGGUAUCACAGAUGAGGUUGAAAUCUACACGGAAGGAUUAAGAGAAAAGGCAAGAAAUGGGGAGAUAAUUGAGCUAGAUGGGAUCAAUUUGAGAUUUAUGAUUGAUUUGAUUGGGAAUACUGCUCUGAACGCAAAGCUCAACGCUCAGAGAGGGUAUAAUCCUCUUGCAGAUACCAUGUUGAAUCAAAUCAAAAGUAAACUAGCAAAUCAAGAAGUAAACCCUCUCCAAUGGCUCAAUUUCGUACGUCCAAUUAAAGAGUGGCGCAAUGGUCGGAAAAUGGAUGCAUAUAUCAACGUAGAACUUGACAAGCGCUUUGAGGCUUACAAAGUAUCUAAGAAUUCCGAAACAAACGGCCAUCUGGAAGACAAAGCAGAACCCUUCAAAUCAAUCAUUGAUUUAGUUAUCGAGGACUACAUAGCUGAUCCUGCUCGAAUCGAUGCAACCAGUCUUGACCAAGAAUUCCGCACCAUCGCUACUCGUAACAUCCGACUCCUUCUCUUCGCCGGACAUGAUUCAACAGGUAGUGCCAUAUCCUGGUGUUACUAUCUUCUUUCCAAAAAUCCCUCCGCCCUCGAAAAACUCACCCAAGAACACGAUUCAGUAUUCGGAACUGACAUUCCCGCUGUUCCAAAACUUAUUAAAGAGGACUCGACUAUCAUCAAUCAAUUGCCAUAUACAACCGCCGUUAUCAAAGAAACUCUUCGUCUCUUUCCACCCGCAUCUAGUAUUAGACAAGGACUCAAAGGUGUGGACUUGGUUGAUGAAGAGGGAAACAUUUAUCCAACUGAGAAUUGCAUGUUAUACACGCUCCACUUGCCAAUUCAACAUGAUUCAAAAUAUUGGGCACGUCCUAAAGAAUUUCUUCCUGAGAGAUGGCUUGCACAACCAGGCGAUGAAUUGUAUUGUGAUACAAAGGGAGCUUGGAGGCCAUUUGAGUUGGGACCAAGGAAUUGUAUCGGGCAGGCUUUGGUGAUGAUGGAAUUGAAAAUUAUAUUGUCCAUGGUCGUCAGGGAGUUGGAUGUACAGGAUGCUUAUGAAGAAUGGGAUAAGAAAUUUGGGGAUAAAAAGGGGAUGAAAGAAAUAGACGGAGAAAGAUCAUAUCAAGUUGAUGGAGGAGCUGCCCAUCCUGCAGAUGGAUUUCCUUGCAGGGUAUCGUUCAGGAAGGGUGAGGCAUCGACAUAA